UUUAUCUUGAAUUUUAAAUUAGUUCUUAAUGUGUAAAUAUUUAAUUUGCAGCUAUUUUCUAGUGGAGAAUCAAGUGCAGAAUCAGGAUUAUAUUCUGAUAUUUCUUUCUAUUGAGCUUUUGUUUUUUGACGGGUUACCAAUGGGGUGGGUGAGGACUUCUAUUAUGGAUGUGCUAGUUUUAUUCAACUCAAUGGCAAAAUGCUUCUUUUGUAAAGUUAAUGUGAGCACAGAAAGGACAUGAGACAAAAAAUACAUUGCCAUUAAUACUUUUUUGGUAGCGUUUCCGUAUGGUUUUCAUUGAUUACCUUACGUUUUUUGUUGUUGUUGUUGUUGUUUUUUGUUUGUUUUUAAAUCCUAUCGUGUUAUUUUAUUUCAUUAUUUUAUCUUGUUAAUAUAUAUUUUAUUACAUAACAAAUAAUAUUAUCAGUCGAAUUAGUCAGAUGAAUUGAUCAAGUAAUUAUUAUAUUUACUAUUAUUAAUCAUUAAACUGUAUCAAUCAGUCUAUCUGUGUGAAGCGCUUGGUCUUCGCUCGCAUCUGGCUUUCUGAUUGGAUGUCAGCCUGACGCGUCGCGCUGAUUGGCUGAGAUUGUCCGGAGGAAACUGACGGCGCGCUCAAAAGCUCUCAGCUCUCACUCCAAACGCGCAUUGACUGAUGACACGCUGAAGCGGUUAAUAGCACUCUGGACUACUGUAUAAACCUGCCAUAUUUUUUGUGUACAGUUUGAGGAAAUAUACCAAGGAGGACUAACUCGGCAAACGGAAAAAUAAACAUGCUGUGCUCUCGCAAUUCAGGCGACUGUUUUCGGGACCAGAUGCGAUACAUGAUGAGGUCUCUGCAGGAUCUGAAGCAGAUACGAGAACCCGACAAUCAAUCAAAGUGCUCAUACGCCACUCGAGCCUGUCAAAAGAGGGCACAAAAGCGGGAGCUACUCAGUCGCCUGCGGAUAUCUGACGUUAGCGACGCCAGCACCUACGACUCCGCCUGCUGCCUGGCCAGCCCACUGGAAGAAGAGGAGGAUGAGGAGGCCGGUGUCGGCCGUCUGCCUCAGGGCUCCCCCAGCAGCUUGAAAAGCCUGGACUUUGAUUCUGGGUACUCCGAAGCAUCGUGGCAGGAUGAGGGCGUAGUGUUGCGCCGCACAAGGAAUGUACGCGUUUCAUCUUCCGCGUGUGUCCGCACCAACCGAACCCGUCCCAAAUCCACAUCAGACGCAUGCCUGGAGCGCUGGACGUCGUUUGAGGCCAGCGACCCAACGGACUGGACCACGUCUUUGUUAACUAGAGGGCGUAACAGGCAACCGCUGGUUCUUGGAGACAACAGCUUUGCAGAUCUUAUUAAAAACUGGAUGGACCUUCCAGAGUGCCCAGAUUCUGCAGAACUGAAGCCGAACGCCAGCCGCAAAAUGGCCAAGGACUUUCUGGUCAACAUGCGGCGGAAAAUUGCAGGCAUGUCGAAGGGAGUUGGAGUCGAGGAGACUAAACGCACUAAACGGAUGUCUUGUCCUGUGGGAUUCCAACCCCCCAAACCCUUCUUUCACCAGUCCCACGCCAGUUUGCACCAAAUGGGACCAGACUUUUACCAGUUUAGCACUGCCAUGAAGACUGGGAGUCGACAGCCUGUCAUAUGCAAUGACAUCAUUGGAUACAUCUGAUGCGUUUCUGAAAAUUUGCUGGAUUUUAUUUCUGAAAAUGUCUAAUAUUGUUCUAUGUAUUAAUAAUAUUGCAAUAAAAAAAUUUUUUUAUAUAAAAGAGAA